AUGCGGUACAUUUUUCUUUCAACUAUAUUUAGCAUAGUAUAUGCAUUCGAGAAAGAUAUGACUUUUACCGUGCAAGCCGGGAAAAUGGACUGUUUCUACCAGAAAGUGUCUUUGAAUGAAGUUAUUGAUAUUGAAUAUCAGGUAAUAGAUGCAACUCAUGGAGAGUUAGAUGUUUCAUUCCAACUCACUGAUCCAGUUGGCCGAGUGAUUGUCACAGAUUAUAAAAAACCUGAGAAUGCUCACAGACAUACGUCAAUAUUAGAAGGGGACUAUAGGUUCUGUUUUGACAACACUUUUAGCACUUUUAGUGAGAAGACUGUAUUCUUUGAUCUCAUGAUAGACAACGAAGAGACCAGUGAAAAAGAUUAUGAUGAGGACAAGGAGAUGGAGUUGGCAGGUAACUCAGCAGAAACCUAUAUGAUGCGGGUGAAGGACAUAUCAGACUCGGUCUCCAGGGUGAAGGACAACGUCUCCACAGCACGACGACUCCAGGAGUUGCUGUCAGCUCACGAGGCGCGGGACAGGAAUCUCGCCGAGGAGAUGUGUGAUAAAGUAAUGAAGUGGUCACUCGGACAAAUUAUUUUCAUGUCGGUGGUUGGAAUUACACAGGUAUAUUUCCUUAAAAGUUUGUUUGAAGAUUCGAACAAUAGAAGUUUAAAGAAAUUACUACCAAAUUUUACGUCACAA